AAAAGACGCCAUUUUGUUGUUAGCGGUUACGAGAGGCACAAGAACAUUAUUCUGAAGCUACUUCUAAAAGAUCUGCCACCAUGGGGAACAUGUUUGCUGGCCUGUUUAAGAAUCUCUUUGGGAAGAAAGAGAUGCGUAUUCUGAUGGUGGGUUUGGAUGCUGCAGGGAAAACUACCAUCCUGUAUAAACUCAAACUGGGAGAGAUUGUUACCACCAUCCCCACUAUCGGUUUUAAUGUGGAGACAGUAGAGUAUAAGAACAUCAGUUUCACAGUGUGGGACGUUGGCGGUCAGGAUAAGAUUCGGCCGCUGUGGAGACACUACUUCCAGAACACACAAGGUCUGAUCUUUGUGGUGGACAGUAAUGAUAGAGAGAGAGUGGGCGAGGCCAGAGAUGAAUUGACACGGAUGCUGGCAGAAGAUGAACUGAGAGAUGCCGUGCUGCUUGUCUUCGCCAACAAACAGGACCUGCCUAAUGCUAUGAAUGCGGCUGAGAUCACAGAUAAGCUGGGUCUGCAUUCACUGCGUCAUCGUAACUGGUACAUUCAGGCCACCUGUGCUACCAGCGGAGACGGCCUUUACGAGGGCCUGGACUGGCUCUCCAACCAGCUGAAAAAUGCAAAAUGAGCCAUUCCACUUGUCCCUCUCUGCUGUCUGUGUGUGUAUGUAAGUGUGUGUGUGUGUGUGUGUGUGUGUAGCAGUACUGGUUUUAGCCUCCUGCAGUCUUCCAGUUUGUCCCCAGGUCCUGCCCCUCUCCCAAUGUAUUUUCAUCUGUUUCUCGAGGACUGCUGAGGCCCAGACUGGUUGUGGGCGUUCAAGCGUGCGUGUGUGUGUGCGUGUGUGUAUGUGUGUGUGUGUGUGUGUUACAUUGAACUUGGAGUGGGAGCAGCCUUGCUGUGCCUUUCAACACACACUCUCUCAUCGUACAGCAUGGUUCUCUCUCUCUCUCGCUCUCUCUCUUUCUCUCUUCCUUUUUUUUCUUUCUACUUCCCCCCUCUUCUCUCCUCCACUCGCUCUCCCAGUUCUCACUGGUUUUCAAAUGGCAAAGAAUGACCCAGGAUGCAGUUUUGUUUUGUUUUGUUUUUGUUUGUUUUUUUUGUCUAGUCCACAGAAUAAAACCAGUAUACUGAAAAUUAGAAAAAAAAAAAACAACUAGUGACUUGAUUUUUCGGCUGCCAGAGAUGGCGCAGUGACACACCCGUCAGAUGUUUGAAAAGGUCAGAACCUCUUCACUCGUUUUUUUUUUUUUUUUUUCUUUCCCCUUUCCACCAAUGAUGAAACUCAGUGUAACCUGCAUCAGGUUUGGAAGAAAAGAUAAUAAAAGUGACAUUUUCCAUCCUA